GUUUCAUUGCGCUUGCGCAUAUCAGAUUUUACGCUUAUAUAAUGCAUGGAGUAUCGCGAGUAAUCAGUUUAGAAAUUGCUUCUCAGCGUGAUCAUAACACGGAAACAUUACGAUGAGACCACGUGUAUUAGUCACCAGUAACGAUGUGCCUUCUGCUGGCGUAGAUUUAUUACGUACAAAAUGCGACGUCACGGUCAUUCAGGCUAUUACUCCUAGUCGCGAAGACGUGUUACAAGUACUCCCAGGACAUGAUGCGGUAUUUAUUGCUAAGCAUGAUAAUGUAAACAGUGAAUUUCUUAAUAUCGCAGGACCAAGCCUAAAAGUAGUUGCGACAAUGUCAGCCGGUUAUGAUCAUUUGGACGUUCCCGAAAUUAAAAGAAGAGGUAUCAAAGUCGGUAAUACACCUGUAGUUUUAUCAGCCGCAGUCGCAGAAAUUGCAGUACUCUUGACGUUAAACGCUGCAAGACGUGCACAUGAAGGACGUUUGAAACUCGAACAAGGACAAGUGGAACGCAAUUUGCAAUGGAUGUUAGGUCAAGAUUUACAAGGAUCGAUAGUUGGCAUUGUUGGUUUAGGCAAUAUCGGACAGGCUAUUGUCAAACGAUUGAAAGGAUUCGACGUGGGUCGUUUUGUUUAUACUGGUCAUUCUCGUAAGAAAGCAGGAGACGAACUUGGCGCCCAUUUUGUAUCACUCGACGAGCUCCUCGAACAAAGUGAUUUCGUGAUCGUCGCUACUCCGCUAACAAAUGAGACCAGAGGAAUGUUUAAUGACAAUACGUUUGGUAAAAUGAAGAAAACAGCAGUGUUCGUAAAUGUUGGUCGUGGAAAAGUUGUAAAUACGGAAGCUUUGGUUAAAGCGCUUCGUGAUAAGCGUAUUUUUGCGGCGGGACUCGAUGUCACUGACCCAGAACCAUUGCCUACUGACCACGAACUUCUUAAACUUCCGAAUGCUGUGAUCAUACCACACUUGGGCAGCGCUACCGUGAAAACUAGGAAUAACAUGGCGAUUGCUGCAGCACAAAAUAUUCUCAAUGGAUUGGAGGAUAAGCCGUUGGUGUAUGCGUUAUAAUUAAUAAGUGUUUGAAGCAUAAAGUUUCAUUCCACCGCUUGCUACUGUGUGUUCAUUUGAAAUUAUGUAACAAUGAUACACUUUUAUACGUUCAAGAAUAUUUACCGAUAUAAUAGCAUAUAACAUAUAGUUUAAUAUCAGCCAUUUUUACGUGAGUUACUGUUCUUCACA